UGACGCGAAUACACCGGAAGCAAACCGUUCACUGCCUCCAGUGCAUGAGGUUGGCGGGCUGAUUGGUGCAUGUGUGUAUUGAAUGUUUUUGUUCAAAAUUGUGAGGUGACUGGCACAACUUUUGGAUAAAGUCAGGAUUAAUCGGAAUCUUUUCAUUUGGCAGGUAAGUCAGCGGCGGUGGUAGCCGCAGCUAUGCCGUCCAGCGCCGGACCCAGCAGCCCCGCAGCAGCGCUCGCCGAAGCGCUGGAGAACUCAUCCCGGCUGAUUGACAGACAUCUGCAGGAUGACCGCUGCUUUCCUGACCUCUCAGAGUUGCUUAGCGUCCCUUCGCACAACAUGCCGUCUCUCUCCGGCGUGUCGGACAUGGACUACCCCCUGCAGGGCCCCGGUCUGCUCAGCGUGCCCAACCUGCUAGAGCUCAGCGCUGUCCGCAGAGUCCCUCUGCCCCCGGAGCUGGUGGAGCAAUUCAGCCAUAUGCAGUUUAACUGCAUGAUGGGAGUGUUUCCUGAGAUCUCUCGAGCCUGGCUCACAAUCGACAACGACAUCUUCAUGUGGAACUACGAAGACGGAGGAGACGUGGCCUACUUUGAUGGCCUGAUUGAAACUAUCUUGGCAGUCGGUCUUGUUAAACCGAAACAAGGGAUAUUGCAGCCACACAUUCAUUACCUGUUGGUGCUGGCCACGUCUGUGGAUGUAGUCAUCCUGGGGCUCAGUUUCCCCAAGAGCCAAGCAGGGCUGAAUGACAGCAUGUCCGGUGGGAUGCAGCUUCUGCCUGACCCCCUGUUUUCCAUCCCCACGGACAACACCUACAUCCUGUCCAUCACCUCCACCGACCUGGGGCGCAUCUUCAUGGCCGGAAAGGACGGCUGCCUCUAUGAGAUCGCCUACCAGGCUGAGGCCGGCUGGCUCAGCCAGCGGUGCCGCAAAAUCAACCACUCCAAAAGCUCCCUGUCCUUCCUCAUCCCGUCUGUGCUCCAGUUCUCUUUCUCCGAGGACGAUCCUAUUGUUCAAAUAGCUGUUGAUAAUUCUCGUAACAUUCUCUACACGCGCUCUGAGAAAGGCGUCCUGCAGGUGUACGACCUGGGUGCUGAUGGUCAGGGGAUGAGUCGCGUAGCAACAAUGUCCCUGAGCUCCAUAGUUGCGGCUGCUGGAAACAUUGCCAGGACGAUCGAUCGUUCCGUCUUCAAACCGAUUGUGCAGAUCUCUGUGGUUGACAGAUCCGAGUCCUCAGAUUGCCACCUGCUCGCUGUCACUCACGCAGGCGUGCGGCUGUACUUCAGCACCACUCCUUUUGCCCUGCAGCACCAGAAACACCUUCCGGUCCGGCCCAGCCUGCUGGCUCUGGUCCACGUGCGUUUGCCACCGGGGUUUUCUGCCUCUUCCACCCUGCAGAAACCGUCAAAGGUGCAUAAGGCUCUACACAGCAAAGGUGUUCUGCUAAUGGCUGCCUCUGAGACUGAAGACAGCGACGUCCUCUGGUGUAUUAAUCAUGACUCCUUUCCUUUCAAAAAACCUUUAAUGGAGACACAGAUGAUGUCUAAUGUCGAUGGACACUCUUGGGCUCUCUGUUCCAUUACUGAAGAGAGGCCGCCUAAGAUUUUUACUCCCCUGAACAAAGACCUAAUCCCCAUCACUGACUCGCCGAUGGUGGUCCAGCAGCACAAUAUCCCCCCUCAGAAGUUCGUCCUUCUCUCAGCAAAGGGGAGUUAUAUCUUCCAAAAACUGAGGCCAGUGGACCAGCUUCGCCACCUCCUCGUGAGCUGCGCCGGAGGAGAAAGUGACGAGAUCGAACGCUUCUUCAAGCUGCACAGGGAAGAGCAGGCCUGCGCCACCGCUCUGAUCCUGGCCUGCUCCAGUUCUGCUUCCGACCGAGAGGUCUCGCAGUGGGCCACCAGAGCCUUCUUCAGAUAUGGAGGAGAAGCACAGAUGAGAUUUCCUGCAGCAAUGGCAAACCCAAGCACCGUUGGACCUGUGAUGAGCUCUCCUGCCCCAGGUGUUGUACCCCCUGCACUGGCCACCCCCUUUGCACAGAUGCACUCUGGAUCUGCCCCCAUAACUCCCAUGUCGGCCGGCCCAGAAGUGAUUUUCUCAGGAAAGCACGACGGCAUCUGCGUCUACUUUGCACGCAUUCUCGGAAAUAUUUGGGAUGGGAGCCUUGCAGUUGAGAAAACAAUGAGCAAUGGAAACCAGACUCUCAGCAUUUUGGAGAGCAGUGUCAGUUCGUCUGAGCUGGAGUCGGUCCUCCUAGAGCUCGCUGGUUUGCAGGAGUUUCUCGAUAAAAACUCUCAGCUGAGUCCUUCCUCUCUUGGUGCGGCAAGCUUCACCUCCCCUGCCAACGUGCCACAGAGGCUGCUGGGAUUUAUGCGUCCUGAUGGAUCCAGUUCGCAGCAGGUCCAGCAGGAGCUGCAGAGGAAGUAUCACACCAAGGCUCAGGUUUAUGAGAAAGCGUCCCUGCAGGGCAUCCAGCAGUUGGUGCAUCGCUCCUAUCAGACUCUGACUCUCUGGAAGCUCCUCUGUGAUCAUCAGUUCAGCCUCAUUAUGUCUGAGCUGCCAAAGGAUUUUCAAGAGCAGAUGAAGGGGGCCAGCUUUAAGGACGUAGUGAUCCAUUGCAGGGAGUUGUCUGGAGCCCUGGUCACCGGCCUCAUUAAUGUCUACAUCAAAGAUAGUGCCUCAGUGGAUGCCAUCAGCAAUCAUCUGCGUGACCUUUGCCCCCUGCUGUACAGCAGCGACGACAGCGUUUGCUCCAAGGCUAAUGAGCUGCUGCAGAGCUCUAAGCAGAUCCAGAGCAAAGCAGAUAAAGAGAGGACUCUGAGGGAGUCUCUACGGCUCUACCAGCAGAUCAGCCAGCACACAGACCUGCCACUCGUUUGCUCUCAGUACAGGCAAGUGCGUUUCUACGAGGGAGUCCUUGAGCUGUGCCUCACAGCAGCAGACAAAAAGGAUCCACAGAGACUUGGGCCCCACUUCUACAAGAAUGGAGAGCCAGAGGAGGACAGGGUGGGACAGCAAGCCUUCCAGGAAAGACUGUCGUGUUACAAGUGCAUCACAGACACCAUGCAGGAGCUUGUGAACCAGAGCAAAGCAGCCCCCCAGUCCCCCAGUGUACCCAAGCAGCCUGGGCCCCCUGUCAUGACCUCUGACCCAAACAUGCUCAGCAAUGAAGAAGCCACUGCUCAUUUUGAGCAGAUGCUUGGUCUGGCUCAGAGGUCCCAGGACGAGCUGUUUCACAUCGCUCUGUACAACUGGCUGAUCCAGGCCGACCUGACCGACAAGCUGCUGGAGGUGAACUCUCCGUACUUGGAGGAGCACCUGAUGCACAUGAUCAAACAGGAUCAGAGUAAGGUUCAUAACAUGGACCUGCUGUGGCGCUACUACGAGAGGAAUCGCAACUUCGGGAAAGCGGCUCACGUCCUGGCCCGGCUCGCUGACAUGCACAGCACGGAGAUCUCUCUACAGCAGCGUUUGGAGUACAUCGCCCGAGCCAUCCUGUCUGCAAAGAGCUCCUCCUGCAUCUCCGCUCAGGCCUCUGACGGAGAGUUUCUGCACGAGCUGGAAGAAAAGAUGGAGCUUGUGCGCAUCCAGGUGCAGAUCCAGGAAACCCUGAUGAGACAGUACUCCCAUCACCCCUCGGUGAAAAAUGCCAUCUCCCAGCUGGACUCUGAACUCAUGGACAUCACAAAGCUCUACGGAGAGUUUGCUGACCAUUUCAAAUUGUCUGAGUGCAAGCUGGCGAUCAUUCACUGCGCCGGACACUCAGACCCAAUCCUGGUGCACUCACUGUGGCAGGAAAUUUUAGAGAAAGAGAUGGGAGACAGUGCGGCCAUGAGUCCAGCUGACAGGAUGAGGGCCCUCAAUCUUAAACUGGUGUCACUGGGGAAGAUAUACGCUGGCACACCGAGAUAUUUCCCUCUGGAGUUCCUGGUAAAGUUCCUGGAACAGGAAGUUUGCCGGCUGAACUGGGAUGUGGGGUUCGUCACCUCCACCAUGCAGGAGAUUGGAGUCCAGAUGCCGCGUCUGCUGGAGGUUUACGACCAGCUCUUUAAAACUCGGGAUCCCUGCUGGCAGCGGCUGAGGAAGCCUCUACACCUGGUGGAGUGUAUCCACGUGCUUCUCUCGGGAUAUGUGGAUGACCCCAGCAGAGUACCAACCUACGACAGGCGCCGAUUCACCAACGUCUGCCUCGACAACAUCUGCGGAUACCUGGUGGAACUGCAGUCUCUGAGCCCAAACUCGGCCCUUCAACAAACAAUCGGAAACUUCAAGUCACUACAAGCGAAACUGGAGAAACUCCACUGACGCUGAAGGUUCCCCUCAAAGCGUCGCCACAGGUGCCAGAUCGGCUCUGGAUCACACACCGCUGGCUUUAUGGAAACGCCUGAUUAAAAGUACAACAGCAAGCACAACUUGAUUGUGUUUGUAUUUAGUAGUACAGUUAGCCUCUUUCAGUCCACCUGGCUCCAGAGGGAGCUCGAAAAAAAGUUCCCUGGGAAAAGUUAGGAAGAAAGAAGCAAGGCUUCAUAACUUAUUUGAUAGGGUGUGUUUUGCUUACACAGAACUUUGAAAGAAAAACAUUGCAUUGUGUGCAUAAAGCUGUUGGAAAUAGAAAAAAUGGCAACACGUGGAUCUACCUUUGUUAAUCUCAAAAAGAGCAGAAAAACCAUGAAACAGAUGGAUUUUAUGUGUGAAUUUGCAUAUAUUGAAAUGGCCGAAAUUUGGACAAUGUUUUCACCAUAGUUAAAAAAAUAAACCUGAUUUUGCCUGUUUCUGAACACCUUUUUUUUUUCUUUCAACUUCUGCCUGUGAAGAGUGAAGCGUUGUAUGUUGUAAUUAUGUACAGAACUUGGCCAUAAUGUCAUCUUCUCUGCCAAAGCUCGUCACACACUGGUGUGCAUUAUUUACAGUGAGCAUAUUGCCUUCUUGGACUGGAAAGCAGUGCCGUUAUGUAUGAGAGAUUUUGUGACCCUUUUGAAUGCAGAAUACGUUUUUACCCUCCACUGAACCUUCUGGCCCUCGUUUGAGGAAAACAUUAAAACAUUUUUACCGAAA